GUGAUUACAAUAAUGUUAUUCAUGUGGCUACCUAAUUUUGUGUGGGCUCUUGGUACUUUUUUGGGUUUCCAGCUGUCUAUCCGCCAGUGGAAGAGAUGCUGCAAAUGUGUGGAAAGUUGGCACUUCUUGAUCGCUUAUUAGUGCGCUUGAAGGAGGCUAAGCACAAGGUACUGAUCUUCUCACAGAUGACCCGGAUGCUGGAUAUUCUUGAUUACUAUCUAGACGAGAAAGGUCAUCAUCCUUGCAGAUUGGAUGGCCAAGUUCGUCAGGAAGUGAGGCAGCAACAGAUUGCUGAUUUCAAUUCGAAGCCCGAAACGUUCGUCUUCUUGCUGAGCACGAGAGCUGGUGGACUUGGCAUCAAUCUGACGGCAGCUGACACAGUCAUCAUCUAUGAUAGUGAUUGGAACCCUCAUCAAGACAUGCAGGCGAUGGAUAGGUGCCACAGAAUUGGCCAAACAAAACCAGUUCAUGUUUAUCGACUUGCAACAAGCCAGUCUGUUGAGGGUAGGAUGCUGGCAGUCGCUGGCAACAAGCUGAAGCUGGAGAAGGUGGUCAUAACGAAGGGCAAUUUCCGGCAGGAAUCGGUUCCGCAGAAGGAGGCCGUCAAGGACGAAGAUGUGCUAGAGCUGCUGAAGGCGGACGAAAGUACUCUGGAUGACAUAUGCCAGAGCUGCGACGUCAGCGACGAGGACUUGGCGAGGGUGCUCGACAGAUCUGAUUUGACGAAAACGUUCGAUCCCUCAAAGACCCCUCCUUUGCCAAUGAAGGGGCCAGGAUGGGCAGUGGUCCAAGGGGGAACAAGUGGAAGCGUUCUUAAGUCUGUAGAGUAAAGUAGCAUCUGGUGGAUGAAUGGAGUAGGAGGAGGAGGACGAGGAGGACGAGGAGGAGGAGGAAUGGAGUAAGAGGAAUGGAGUAGGAGGAGGUGGACAAAGACGGGUGAAAAGUUUAUGCCAGUAGUACAUUGCGAGGGAGGAGGGAGGAGGGAGGAGGGAGGAGGAGUAGGGGUUCAGGUUUAGUAUAGUAAUAGGUAGAAGAUGGAGGAUAGAUGGUGGUGAGGAAGAGCAGGUGUGAGAAAGACAGCAGCAGCGGAACGAUGAGGUGGAGGGGAGUUCGAUUUUGUAUUUUUGAAGAACUUGUUAUACACAGGGGCCUGUUGAUUUAACAGCCUGUUUAGACCUGGAGGGAAAGAUUUGCAGCAUGCUGCAUACGCAUGGCGGCAGAGCGUGCAAGUCAAGGGAGCUGUGCAUUUUCCGUCUCCGGUCCUGCGUAGGUGCCAGUGUUUUUUUUUUUUUUUUUUUUUUUUUGCCAAUAAGGCUUUCAUAGGUUUUGUACUGAUUGACCCCUGUGUAAGCCAAAUGCAGAUAAAAAGCUUUUAGCGGGAUCUCCUGUAUUUUCAGAGUAACUUAACAGGAAUCUGACCCUCAUCAUGGUUCAGGUUCAUGACAACGGAGGUGUGCGAUUUCCGUCUGCGGUCCUGAGUAGGUAGGUGACAUCUGUUUUGGUCGGGAAUGCUUUCCUAGGUUUUGUGCACAUUAACCCCUGUGUUAACAGAAAGCUUAGAAAGCUUUGAGUGCUUGACAGGAAUCUAACCCUUACGAUAGUCCAGGUUCGUUCUCUUAGGUGUUUUCGUAUGGCUCGGAAUCUUCAGAUUAUUGCUUUAGAACUUCAGGCUGCCACUUUCUUCGCUCACUGUGCCCAGACGUCAGUUUUACUUCAUGGAUUGUCUGUCGAAACAGUGCUUCAUUUGCGUUUGCUACUUUUACAUGAAACGCGUAGAGACAUGCCAAGCUCUUGCUUGGGCGAGCUGCGCUUUGUAUAUGAAUC